CACAGUGGCAGAGUGCAGCAUGAUAUUUCCAUUAUCCCGAGAACACCAGCAAUACUAUGACAAAGAGAACUUGUAAAUAUCUGAAACUAGUGAUAAUGAACUUUCCUUGAACUUUUCACAAGGCAUGUGAAAGGUAGUGAACUGCUUCGAGGCAAUUUGUGAGCAGGGGCUGAAGAUUUUCUGGAACUUCCAAGACUUUCGAGAUGGAAUUUAUCUGGCGCGAUGAUCUCCAGUUAGAUUGAGUCCCCAGGAUGAACAAUUGAAAGGACUUAUACAGAAGGCUGACAUAAUUGAAGAUGAACGGAGUGACUCUUGAACUCUUGUACAAUUGCAGUGCAUCAGUGCUGGAUCAGAACAUCACAUACAUGAGCAUCAAUCGCAGUGAAUUGCUGGUGAUGCUGGAUGAGAUACUGACGCGUUCCACUAAACGCGAGAUUCUCCGUGCCAACUUGAGUGAUUGUCUUUUGACAGGUCAACAACGUCCAUUCGAUUUGUCCUGGUGGCAGAAGCUCUCAUGGUCGACAGUAUUCGCUAUCAUUCUGUUGGUUGCCACCGGUGGCAACAUCAUCGUCAUGUGGAUUGUCCUGGCUCACAGAAGAAUGCGGACAGUGACAAAUUAUCUACUGGUCAAUCUAUCGAUGGCAGACCUGAUGAUGACAUUGCUGAACUGUGCGUUCAAUUUUAUCUUCAUGCUAAACUCUGAUUGGCCAUUCGGAGUAGUUUACUGCACAGUGAACAAUUUCGUCGCAAAUGUAACUGUCGCAUCCAGUACAUUUACACUCGUCGUCAUCUCCUUUGACAGGUACAUGGCCAUCAUGAGGCCACUUCACCAUCACAUGUCCCGGAGACGAACUGUGGCUGCAUUAAUUCUCAUCUGGGUGGCUUCAGUCAUUCUCGCUACUCCGUGUCUUCUUUACUCUACUACAAUCACGAGAAGAUACUCCAACGGAAAAUCGAGGAUAGUCUGCUAUGUCCUCUGGCCCGAUGGUGAUUACCUAAACAGCAGAAGUGAAUAUAUAUAUAAUCUGAUAUUCCUCGGGGUGACGUACCUCAUCCCGAUGACAGUCAUGGCGGUUUGCUAUACCUUGAUGGGUCGCAAGUUAUGGGGCUCCAAGUCCAUAGGGGAACAUACACAGCAUCAAAAGGAAUCCAUGAAAUCGAAACGCAAGGUGGUGAAAAUGUUUAUCAUCGUCGUUCUGAUAUUCGGCGUGUGUUGGCUGCCAUAUCAAGGGUUUUUCAUACUUCUGUAUCACCAGCGUCGAAUUGGUGGCACCAGUUACGUGCAGCACGUUUAUCUGAGUUUCUACUGGUUGGCCAUGGCAAACGCAAUGGUCAAUCCUCUUAUAUACUAUUGGAUGAACAACAGAUUUCGAGUGUACUUCCAGCAAAUUAUCUGUAGAUGCUGCAUGAUAGGUCGCUCGAAUACAAGAACACGUCAAAUGCACGAAUUGACAGGAUUUCGACGCUCUGACACAGCCCGUUCGCAAUCUGGGCGAUUCAGGACAACGUCAAUACGGUGGCGUCAUAGCACUGGGGAGAGUCAUGUUCAGACAUUCAGGAUGAAUUCACGGUCAAUUUGUGAGAAGAUUAACUCUGGCAGACAAGAUUUCACUAUUAUUUGAAUUUAUCCCCAACUCUGGUCGAAAUAUUCAUCAGAAGAAAUAUUUCAUGAGUUAUUGCAGAGACCUUCUCAUUUUUCAAUGUUUUUUACAAGUUUCUGGGAAGUACUUGGUCAAAUUGACGAGAAUAAAAUUUACCGGUUUAAGUUCUCGUAUUGUUUGGUCUUCAUGAAGUUUUUAA